CGCAGGCGCAGUGCUCCCGUCCUGGCCACGAAGUAAACAAGAGGGAGGGUCCGGGGAGCUCCAACCCCUCGCUCAAACGCGCCGAAACGCCUACUCCUUUCUCCAUAUUGUAUACUGGCAUCGAAGCCAAAGAGGUGCCAUUUUGCUUGAGGGCACGAGUAAGGACGGUCAGCUCAGGGCAUGCUAACGUGGGGCAGUCCCAUCCCUCUGCGGGGCGCGAAAGCGAGGUCCUGGAAAAGAGAAACCGAGCAAGGAAAAGGAGGUGAGAGAAGCUGUAUGUCGCAACAGGCGCCGAGGCACUCGGGUUACCGGGAUGAAGCCAUCAGUGUGUCUGGGAACGAAGAGGUCCCAGAUGAAUCCACGAGCCACCGUCGAAAGCAGCCUGAGCCGCCAUUUUGAAGUUGGGCAAACCGACGCGAGAAAGGCUGCCUUGUUGGAUCUUUGCCAGCCUUGGUGAUGAAGGGGAUAGGCUGGAGGGAGAGCCCACAGGAUGCUAGGCUGGUUGCCCUGUCAUUAACGAGCACUACUUUCUUCCAUUUCUGUGGAAGAGAUUGAUUAUAAGUGAGGGACUGGUCCUGAGUGUGUAUGUGCAGGCCGCCAUAUUUCUUGGGGUCAAAUCGUAGUGGUCCAGACUUGUUGCCUACCAAGCUGAAGCCUUUCCCCAUCUUUCCUCUGGGCACCCUGCUUCCGCCAUUGCCCCACUGAGAUCCGGUGAAGCCUCUGUGGCCAUCUUGAUCUCGGGCGGCCUCCAUUAGAGAGGCGGAGUGUGAGGCGUGGAGGCGGGCCAGCGAGGCGGAAGUGACGCACGGCGCCGCCAUGUCUUUUGAGGGCGGUGACGGCGCCAGGCCGGCCAUGCUGGCUACGGGCACGGCGCGGAUGGCGUCGGGGCGCCCCGAGGAGCUGUGGGAGGCUGUGGUGGGGGCUGCUGAGCGCUUCCGGGCGCAGACAGGCAUGGAGCUGGUGCUGCUGACUGCCGCACCGCCCCCGCCACCCCUCCCUGGGCCCUGCGCCUAUGCAGCCCACGGCCGAGGGGCUCUGGCAGAGGCUGCUCGCCACUGCCUCCAGGACAUCGCCCUGGCCCACAGGGCUGCCACUGCUGCCCGGCCCCCUAUGCCCCCACCAGCACCUCAGCCACCCAGCUCUGUAGGGAGCCAACCCCAGCCUGCCCUGCCCAGGGAGGAAGACAAGGAGGAUGAGGACGAGCCAACAGAGACAGAGACCUCUGGGGAGCGACUGGGCGUCAGCGAUAACGGAGGGCUCUUUGUGAUGGAUGAGGAUGCCACACUCCAGGACCUGGCCCCCUUCUGUGAGUCGGACCCUGAGAGCACAGACGACGGCAGCCUGAGUGAGGAGACACCCACUGGCCACCCCGCCUACUCAGUGCCCCCGGCCUCAGCCUUGCCCACACAGCAGUAUGCCAAGUCCCUGCCUGUGUCCGUGCCCAUCUGGACCUUCAAGGAAAAGAGGACAGAAGCACGGUCAUCGGAUGAGGAGAAUGGGCCGCCCUCCUCACCGGACUUGGACCGCAUCGCGGCAAGCAUGCGCGCGCUGGUGAUGCGGGAGACCGAGGACACCCAGGUCUUCGGGGACCUGCCACGACCGCGACUCAACACUAGCGACUUCCAGAAGCUGAAACGGAAAUACUGAGGCCCAGGGAGAAAGCCUGGCCCAGUGUUUGUCCAGUCCUACACUACACCCCCGCCCCGCCCCCGGGGCCCGCCAAUUGGAGUCAGAUCCGGGACCGGCCUCCUCUGUCACCGCAAACCCCACCCAGGGCCUGGGAUUGACCAGCCCCGGCCAAUCCCUGCCGCCCUUUCAAUCUACCACCCCCUUGCGCCGAGGAGCGGGACCUAUCAAUUUCCCGGUCGGAUCUGUCGCCUCUUUUUCUGCCCAGUGACAGAUUCUUUCUAUUAAGGGACUGGCUUGCUCUCCAAUUGGCGUGGCUAGUUCUAAGCCCGCAAUGGGUGGACUUGCAUUGUUUUCUGCCUAGCGAUAAGGGCUUUGCUCGCACGGCAUUGGCUCCAUCUCUGGAAGAGCUCGGCCAAACCCCAGGAUUGGGUGGUGGCGCUCCGCUUCAGACUGGUGGACGGGCAACUUCUUCUGAUUGGCUGGAAUCCUAUAACGGUCUUGACCAGUCUCCACCCGCCCCUUCUGAAGUCUACCUGGAUAGAGCCAACCUCCUAGGGGCGUGGCCAAGCCCUCCUCCUGUGCCCAGGAUUGGUCUGUGGCCUUAAAUUUAUGUUCUCGACACUACUGGGGCUGAGGUCGUUUUUUACUAAGUCCUGACAACUGGUCUCUGGCCCCCUCCUCAGGGAUGGCCCGACCCUCUCCCUGCGUCCGACACUCACUGGUUCCAUCCCAUAACAGCCUGCCAAUCGAAGCCUGUCCUUGUAUCCAGGACGUUACCAGCUCCUGCCCUUCUCCCCUUCCCCACAGGUGCCUUAAAGGGCCCUCCUCCACCCAAGGUGGGGGGCAGGGGCCUUCACUCU